ACAUUAUUUACAGCUCCCGGGCCGGGAUCUCUAAUCGCAGAACAGGUCCAGCAGAAACAAAGUCUUCUGCUAGGCGAAAAAAAAACCAUUUAUGGACAAUGGGAUGAACUGCUGAAAAAGAAUUUUUCACGUUUGUUGACAUCAACUACAAUUGUCCCAAGGAAGUGACAAUUUAACAUGGCUCGGUCAUUAGGGAAGCUGCACUCAUUAUAUCCUGCCUCAUCUUUUGUGAGCCCUGCAAGAACUAUUGGAACAUCACUGCAAUUACCAACGGAAGCUCAAGUGAUUGUAUGCGGAGCUGGUAUUGUCGGCAAUUCAGUAGCUUAUCAUCUUGUACAAAAUGGUCUCACUGAUGUGUUGGUCAUUGACAAAGAGAAAAUUGGAAGUGGUACAUCCCACUUCAGUUCAGGAACAUUGGGAUUAUUCAAACCCACUCCCACACGAGAAAUUAUAAUGAACAGUAUUAAGUUAUAUCGUCAACUUCAAGAGCAGGGCUAUGACAUUGGUCUCCGUGAAUGUGGAAGUGUAAAUUUAGCUCAGAGCCAUGAGCGAAUGAUAGCCCUGCGAAGACGUAUGGCUUAUAAUAUUCCCUCAGGACUCCACUGUGAGGUUGUCAGUCGAACUGACCUAUUGAAGCUUCACCCUCUCCUAAACUCUGAUGACUUGGAGGGUGGUAUUUGGGUUCCAGAGGAUGCUGUAGCUCAACCUCAAGCAAUUUGUCACGCACUUGCUGCACUUGCUCAGGCUGGUGGAGCCAAAUAUGUUGAGCACUGUGAACUAGAGAAUAUUCUUAUAAAUAACAGAAAAGUUUAUGGCAUAAAGACAAGUUUAGGCACAGUAAAAUGUGAAUAUUUUGUAAACAGUGCUGGCAUGUGGGCACGUGAUCUAGGACUCAAAAGUACUCCUCGAGUAGCUAUCCCAGCAUACCCAGCUGAACACUUUUAUGCAAUCACUGACCAAUUUGAAGUGAAACCCAACCUACCCUGUGUCAGAGACUUUGACUCUAGCAUAUACACAAGAGAAUUCAAUGGUGGUCUGUUAGUUGGUGGUUUUGAAUUGGAAGCAAAGCCUGCUUUUACAGAUGGUGCUGGUAUCCCUGAUAAUUGGAAAGACAGGGACACAGCAGAUUGGGCUCAUUUCAAGCCCCUCUGGGAAAAAGCAGUACAUAGGAUACCUGAUCUUUCAAAGGCUGGAACACCUCAUCUACUUAGUUCUCCCGACAACUUUACUCCUGAUGGACGUUGGGUCAUUGGCGAAGCUCCUGAGAUUGGCAAUUAUUUAGUGGCUGUGGGUAUGAAUGGUAAUCCCCUAGAAGGUGGUGGAGGGAUUGGACGAGCCGUUGCUGAAUGGAUCAUAGAAGGAGAGCCAACUCAAGAUUUACUAUUGUUCAGUGUUCAACGGUUUCUUGAUCUUCACAAUAACAGACAAUAUCUGCAGCAACGCACAAAAGAAGUUGUUGGGCGCCAUUACGCAAUAAUGCAUCCCAUGCAAAAUGAGUAUAAAUUGGCCCGUAAGCUUAGGUGUUCUCCUCUGUAUAGUGUAUUAGAAAGGCAAGGGGCUGUAUUUGGCACUCGCAUGGCCUUCGAAAGACCACUUUAUUUUGAUACUUCAAAAAAACACUGGGAUCAGCCAGCUCAAAUGCCACCAGGGACAUUUUAUAAACCAAAAUUCUUCAACUACAUGCAGGAAGAAUAUCUUGCUUGUCAAGAAGGAGUUGGCAUUAUAGACAUGUCUUCAUUCUCAAAGAUUCUGAUAAAGUCAAAUGGCCCAAGUGUUCUGGAAUAUCUUCAAAGACUUUGCUCAAAUGAUGUGAAUAUUCCUGUGGGCGGAAUUGUUCAUACUGGCAUGCAAAAUGAAAGAGGUGGAUAUGAAAAUGACUGCAUUCUUGUUCGUCAAGAUAAACACUGCUUUUUCAUGGUCUCACCCACAUCCCAACAAACACGGGUGUUUGAGUGGAUGAGGAGUCAUUUGGAUCCUGAUGGAUCAGUGACCUUAAAAGAUUUGACUUCUAUGUACACUGUAAUAAAUGUGGUAGGACAUAAAGCACGACAUCUGCUUUCCGAACUUUCAAAUUCACCUGUUAAUCUUCAUUCAUUUACUUAUAAAAAAUUGAAUGUUGGGUAUGCAUCAAAUGUUCUUGUAAUGGCAUUCACUCAUACUGGUGAGCCUGGAUAUUGUCUUUACAUACCAUCUGAAUAUGCACUUCAUGUGUAUGAUCGAUUAAUGAAGGUCGGACGAGACUAUGGAGCUCGAAACAUAGGCAUGCUUACCCAAAGAUUUAUGAGGAUAGAGAAGUUCAUACCAUUCUGGGCUGAAGAUCUUAAUAGUGAAACAAAUCCAUUUGAAACUGGCAGUGGUUAUCUAGUCAAGUUAGAUAAACAAGAGUACUUCAUUGGUAAAUAUGCCCUAAAGCGGCAAAAGAAGGUUGGUGUCACUAAAAGGCUUGUAAUGUUCAGUCUUGAUGAGGUGGACCCUGAUAAGGAUGUAUGGGCCUGGGGAGGAGAACCAAUCUAUCGUAAUGGGGAAUUUGUAGGAACACUAACUUCAGCUGGGUAUGGCUUUACGGUCAACAAACUCAUUGGCCUUGGUUUUGUAAGAAAACCAGGCCUUCUUGCCAAGAAUAAAAAAAUAAAUCCAGAAACAGAUUAUAUCAUAACACCAGACUGGAUAACUGAUCCUACUGCAACAUAUGAAAUAGAUAUAGCAGGACACCGCACAGUGGCAAAGCCUCAUAUCUAUGUACCAAAUUUCACAAUGGCAAUUGAAGAUGAAAAACAGGGAAGGAGCUACCGUCCAACAGUGUUAAAAACUGCUGUCUGAAAAUCAUAACAUGAAUUAUGAAAGAUAUUUCUAAGAACCAUCCAAGUGGACUUGCCUAGAUCCAACAAUUGUGUUUUUGUAUUACCAGUACUAUUUGUACUUUGUGCUAUUAAAAUGGCUGGCUGUGAAGUUGUACUUAAAUGUAAUUUGCUGUUAACAGGAAAAGCUUAAUAAAUAUUGAAAACUUCA